AUGUCUGCAAAAGUAGCUCCAGCCCUAGCGAACAUUUCCCCUCCAACUCUCACCGCUCUUGAUGACCUCGACCUGCCAGACUUUGAUCCUGCAAUCCACCUCGCUUUCCAACCCCCUAGUCGUCGCCACACCUUCCAGGACCUUGGUCUGCCACAGCCAGAAAAUGCGCCUGAUCUCUGCGUUACAGAGCCUUUUCAACUCUUCUCAGAAGAGGGAGUGCGCAUGUUACGUCGCGAGAUGCUGAGUAAACCAAUUCUUGACAAGUAUCUUCGUACAUGGGAUCGUGCACCGGCUUACAUUGCGGGUCAUGAAAAGACGGCAAAGUUUACCCUUCAAGCGUGGCAACAUCCCGCGACGCAAGCUGCCAUUGAUAGAGCUGCUGGCUUCGGAUUACGUCUCCUGAGGCGCGAAGCAGACCUGGGCCUCGUAAACAUCCAACUCGGCCCCGAAGGUCUCCCCGGCGUCUACAAACUUACCGAAACACCCUCAGCCCCGCUCUCACCUCAAGAAAUGCAAAAGUCUAGCUACGACGACAUACCCAUUGACGCCUGGCACAAAGACCAAGUCCCCGUUGUAUGCGUCGUCAUGCUCAGCGACACAAGCAGCAUGCAAGGCGGCGAAACUGCCAUACGCACAGGAGACGGCUCCAUCGUAAAAGUAAAGAGUCCAACCGUUGGAGGCGCUGUCAUCAUGCAGGGUGGAUGCACAGAGCACGCUGCAUUGCGCGCGACAAAUGUGCCCGAGAGGCUGAGCAUGGUGAGUAGCUAUGCAUUUGCAGACCCUAAUCUGGAUGAUCAGUACACGUCGCUUCGAAGUGUGGACUUGGGAAAUGAUGAUAUUCCGACGUUUUGUAAUAUCUUUUUGCAGGAGAAGUUGCUCAGGUUGAGGGGGCGGAUUGAUGCGGUUUUGGAGACGCUGGUUGAGAAGGAAAAGAAGGGUGAGAUGGUUGAGAGGGGGGAGUUUGAAGGUUGGGUCAGGGAGCAGACGAAUUUUAUGAAACGAAGUGCGUGGGAGAUGUAUGAGCGAGUGCCGAAUUACUUGGGCAAGGAUGUUCCGGAGGAUGUCAUCAGGGAUUAUCUGAGAUGA